AUGGCUUCUUAUGGGCUGCUAGGCCAGCCAGAAGAAGGUCGAGUCCACUCCAGCUCUAUCCUCCCUGCCAUUCAAGCGAAUUUCGAAACGACUAUUGAACCCCGAGUCCCUCAUUGUCUCACAAUCCUCGCUCCCUCUCACCCCUCCCCCGAAGAAACCGACGCCGACUCCGAUGCGACCGCAACAGAAGCCGAAAAACAGAAAAGGCUCGAAGAAUGGCGCCACUUCCGCGAGGAUGUCUCACUCGACUUUGCCGCAUUCGAGGGCAGCAUUGCGCGCGUCCAAUUUCUCCUUACCAGCAACGAGCAAGAACGCCAACGAUAUGCCACCGAGCGCGUUCAGAUUCUGUCGACAAUGCAGUCUGUACGGGAAAGCACGGCCGAUCUACGCAGUCAACUUGAAGAGGCGCAGCGACUUCUCUCAUUGCGAAAGACCUAUGAUGAAUUGACAGACAAAAUUACGAGCAACCGUCUACUCAAACCGCGCGAAGACCAGUCAGCGAACCUUCAAAAAUUGCGACUAGAGAUUGCAGAUCUCGAGAAGGAAAGCAAGGAUUAUGCCAUGACAUGGGCUGAACGACGCGAGCAAUUCGGUCGUAUUGUGGAUGAGGGGAUGCAGCUUCGUCGUCUGAUCCGUGAUGAGAAAGAGGAAGUCGAGCGCCGGGAAGGCAUGCAGGAGGGCGAAGACGGCGACGAGGGGGAUGCCACCUCUAAGGGCAAGGCUAGCAGUGGGAACACUCCUGGCCCUGAAAACGAUGCCGCGACUCCCUCCCAGCACGGCCAAGAUGAGGCCGGUCGCCCAUCUGCUCUGCAAAUUGACAGGGCCGGGGCUACCGGUGCUGCGUCACCAUUGCGGCAGGUCACAACUGCCCAGAGCGAUGGGGCACAGGAGGACACCAAUAUGCUUGAUGAAGGCGAAGUCUCUGGGGCUAGUGAUGGCGAAUUAUCCGAGCUCGAGGAAGGAGAGGAACUCCCUGAUGACUUCAGCGGGAAGAUGGAUACUACCUAA